AUGGCGGUGCCUUGGCGACGGUGGCCCCCAGGGCUGCUCGCUGCGCUGCGGCUUCUGCCUAUGCGCCGGCUCCUGUACAACGCGACCCCGCCGCGGGACGUGCUGCUCUUCGAGCAUAAACGAGGCCGCUUCUUUGCUGUCCUCGGGCUUUUCUGCGCAGGCCAGGGCGUCCUGUGGGCCUCCCUAACUAUGGCAGUCUUGUCCCGGCCCCCGGUCUCAGUGCAGCCUCGGGAUAUGGAGGCCCCAGUCGGUGGCCACUUCGACCUGCGCUCCGCCCUGUGGCGCUACGGGCUGGCUGUCGGCUGCGGCGCUAUCGGAGCCCUGGUACUUGGUGCUGGUCUUCUCUUUUCCCUGCGGUCUGUGCGUUCAGUGAUGCUUCGAGCUGGAGGGCAGCAGGUGACCCUCACGACUCAUGCCCCCUUUGGCUUGGGGGCCCAUUUCACUGUUCCCCUCAACCAGGUAUCUUGCAUGGCCCACCGGGGUGAAGUCCCUGCCAUGUUGCCUCUGAAGGUCAAAGGCCGGCGCUUCUAUUUCCUCUUAGACAAAGCUGGACACUUCCACAACACACAACUCUUUGACAAUACUGUAGGUGCCUACCGGAGCUUGUGAAAAAAAACAAACUCGGGUCGCUCACCCUUCCCAUAGGGGGAUAAAAAGUGAACCGUAGGGAUGCGGUCACAACCAGGGUCACGUGGGGGAACCAAGGUUCAUUAAUAGCAAAUAAAGGAGCAGUUGUCCCAGAGCAACUGUCUGACAGUA